AUGUCGCUCGAGCACCUGGACGAGCUCAGUGAUGCGAUAUCCGAGGUCACGGCAAGCACGGAAUAUCUGGUCGUGGCCGAUGGGAAAGACGGUCUGUCGCGGUCGUCCACCCCGACUGUUCUGAACGCUUGCGCUCGACAUGAGCGGUUCUAUCUGGACGACGGAUCGUUGACAUUCAUCAUGCCACAGUCUGCCCUAGUUUACCGCGUUCAUGGAUCGCUCUUCGCUGCCCAUUCGCCAUUGUGGAAAGCAAAGAUCGACGAUCAAGGCAUCUACGCGCAGGUCGAACUCAAGAAUAUUGAUACUCGCGAUCUGAACGCGUUUCUGUCUGUCUUGUACCCUCGGAGUCACUAUGCUCCGGAAGAACGGACGACUGCAGACUGGAUCAGCAUCCUUCGCAUGGCCCAUCAGUGGGAAUUCCCUGACAUCCGCUCACUAGCUAUUGAGAAGCUACGCGACCUAGCGCCGCCCGUGGAGAGACUAGUCUUAGCUCGGGACUUCAACAUACCGACCUGGGUUGAAACCGCGCGCUCGGAGCUUUACGCAAGAGAAGAACCACUCAGCACUCCCGAAGCAAAGCGACUGGAUAUGGCGGAUGUAGUCAAGAUAUUUACUACGCGUGAAGCCGCACUUGCAGCCAAGGUUGAGACACUUCGAAAAGCGCUUGACCCGAGAGGCGAGCGUUCUGUGCGGGACCUCUUCGACGACAACUAG